AUGAUCAACAGGCAUGAGCGGAUCAAUACUCGCAAAACCCUGAUCAUUGAGAGCUGUCCUGAUGAUGAUUUGGUGAACCUGGAGGUUUUAGAUGAGGAAAUAAUCAUUACACAUCUUCAGAGGCGAUAUCAGGAGCUGCAGAUCUACACAUAUGUGGGUGAUAUCCUCAUAGCGCUUAACCCUUUCCAGAACCUCAACAUCUACUCUCCACAGUUCUCAAAGCUUUAUCAUGGGAUGAAACGCUCCACUAACCCCCCGCACAUCUUUGCCUCUGCUGAUGCAGCCUAUCAGAGCAUGGUCACCCUCUCCAAAGACCAGUGUAUAAUCAUUAGUGGAGAAAGUGGAGCGGGUAAAACCGAGAGUGCCCACCUCAUCGUCCAGCAUCUCACAUUUCUGGGCAAGGCUAAUAAUCAAACACUUCGUGAGAAGAUUCUUCAGGUGAAUCCCUUGGUGGAGGCGUUUGGUAACGCAUGCACAGCCAUUAACGAUAACUCCAGCCGCUUCGGGAAAUAUCUGGAGAUGAAGUUCACACCUACAGGGGCCGUGAUGGGUGCAAAGAUCUCUGAGUAUCUUCUGGAGAAAUCAAGAGUCAUCAAACAGGCUACGGGCGAGAAAAACUUCCACAUAUUUUACUACAUCUAUGCUGGUCUUUACCACCAAGACAACCUCAAGAAAUACAGGCUACCCAACAAAACUGCCCCCAGAUACAUCGACUGUGUCAAUGGUAAAGUAAUGCAGGACAUCAUCUCUAGCAAACUCUACGAGGAGCAGUUUGACGCCAUUCAGGACUGUUUCCGUAUCAUAGGAUUUACUGAAGAGGAAGUGAAUUCUGUGUACAGAAUUCUAUCAGGCAUUUUAAACACAGGAGAUAUUGAGUUUACAUCCACCAGCUCCCAACAUCAGAGCGACAAGAGUGAGGUGCCCGACUCUGAGGCCUUAGAUAAUGCGGCCACUCUGCUCAGUAUCGGCUCUGAGGAGCUUCAGGAAGCUUUGACCUCCCACUGCGUGGUAACUCGAGGAGAAACCAUCAUUCGCACCAACACUGUGGACAAGGCCACUGAUGUGAGAGACGCCAUGUCUAAAGCCCUGUACGGACGCCUCUUCAGCUGGAUAGUGAACCGCAUUAAUGCACUGCUGCAGCCUGACACUAACAUCUGUGCGGCUGAGAGUGGAAUGAACGUGGGGAUUUUGGACAUCUUUGGUUUCGAAAACUUCAAGAAGAACUCAUUUGAGCAGCUGUGUAUCAACAUCGCUAAUGAACAGAUCCAGUUCUACUUCAAUCAACACAUCUUUGCCCUGGAACAGAUCGAGUAUCAAAGUGAGGGUGUUGAUGCCAGUCUGGUGGAAUAUGAGGACAACAGGCCCAUUCUGGACAUGUUUCUACAGAAGCCCAUGGGUUUACUGUCUCUGCUGGAUGAGGAGAGCCGUUUCCCACAGGCCACCGACCAAACACUCGUCGAUAAGUUUCAGGAUAACCUGAGAAACAAGUACUUCUGGACACCCAAGCGUGUGGAGCUUUGGUUCGGGAUCCAGCAUUAUGCUGGCAAGGUGCUGUAUAAUGUCAGUGGUUUUCUGGAGAAGAACCGGGACACUCUUCCUGCAGAUAUUGUGGUGGUUUUGAGGACGUCAGAGAACAAACUCCUGCAGCAGCUGUUUUCCAGCCCUCUUACCAAAACAGGUAACCUGGCCACAUCCAGGGCAAGAGUGACAGCAGCAUCCAGAUCUCUGCCUCCACAGCUCAGCAGCGGGAGAAAUAAGGUGGACACCAUGGAAAUGAUGCGUCACCCAGAGGAAACCACUAACAUGAGGAGACAGACAGUGGCGUCUUAUUUCAGGUACUCUCUCAUGGACCUGCUGUCUAAGAUGGUGGUGGGAACGCCUCAUUUCGUCCGCUGUAUCAAACCCAAUGAUGACCGGCUGGCUCUGCGCCUCAAUAAGGAGCGUGUGAUGGUUCAGCUGCGAUACACCGGCAUCCUAGAGACCGUCAACAUCCGCCGGCAGGGCUAUUCUCACCGCAUACUCAUCGAGGAGUUUGUUAACAGGUACUACUAUCUGGCCUUUCGUGCCCAUCAGAUGCCAGAGGGCAGUAGAGAGAAUGCCAUCGUUAUACUGCAGAGAGCCAAACUGGACAACUGGGUCCUGGGAAAGACCAAGGUGUUUCUGAAGUACUAUCACGUGGAGCAGCUCAAUCUGAUGUUGCGGGAGGUGAUCGCGCGGGUGGUGUUGAUGCAGGCCUACACCAAAGGCUGGCUGGGAGCUCGGCGGUACCGAAAAGAGAGAGAGAAACGCAACAACGGAGCGAUUAUCAUACAGUCAGCCUGGAGGGGUUAUGUGGCCCGUCAGAAUCUGAAGCAGAUAAAGAGAGAGCAUGAGCAGGCUGCUGUACGGAUCCAGUCAGCAUACAGAGGCUACAGAGUCAGGAAAGACUACAGACAGAGUCGACAAUGGACUGGACAACCCACGCCUGAAAGAAGAUCCUCCACCAGUCCCCUCCCAGAUGAGAAGGUUGUCUCUGUCAGCAGAGAGGACAGCUCCGGUGACGCGUCUGUGCUGAAGACAGACAAACAGAGUGACAGCAGAGAGAGAGACGGGCUGCAGGAGCGACCGGCACUGAGCAAGCAGGCUAUUUGUUAAAGCAGCCAUCUGUCAGACUGCUGUGUUCUGACAGACGCACAAGAUUGAGCA